CAUGGCGGCUGCAGCAACAACAGUGGUCCCCGAGCAAACACCUAAAACAUCACCUUCAGGACCUGUGCCGUUUGACUUCUCUCGGCCGCCGGUCAUCGAGGGCUUCAACCCUCUACCGAGAGUUAAAGAUGAGACCUUUAAAGAGAAAUUCAUGAGGAAAUCAAAGGACAAUCCGUUCGUCCCGAUAGGUUGUUUGGGAACAGCAGGGAUGCUGAUUUAUGGUCUUCGUGCCUUCCACCAAGGGAAAACCAGACAGUCCCAGCUGCUGAUGAGGGGGCGCAUCUUUGCUCAGGGCUUCACAGUAGUCGCCAUCAUUUUUGGAGUCUUUACCACAGCUCUGAAAUCUAAGUAAUGGACACUGACCAAUCCCUAAUCACGCUGGAUUAAAAAUGGAAUCACACCAGUCACCAGAUCCAACCUGGACUUCAUCUGUUCCAACAAUCUGAAAGAACUGAACAAUGUAUUUUGUUUUCAGUGUGGUUCAGAUACACGUCAGGGCCAACACUAUUUAUUGUUGUUUGAAUGGUCAUGGUGGUCAAAUAUAUUGCAACAGAGUAUAAUUUGUUUCUUACCUCAAAAAGAAAACAAGCUUGAUUCAGGUGUGCUCACAGAGUACGGAGAAGAAUGCCAAUAAAUAUGAAGUGUAUCUCA